AUGUGCUACGACCGCUGUAUGUCCAUCUGCAAACCCCUGCACUAUGGGACCCUCCUGGGCAGCAGAGCUUGUGCCCACAUGGCAGCAGCUGCCUGGGCCAGUGCCUUUCUCAAUGCUCUCAUGCACACGGCCAAUACAUUUUCUGUGCCCUUGUGCCAGGGCAAUGCCCUGAGCCAGUUCUUCUGUGAAAUCCCACAUAUCCUCAAGCUCUCCUGCUCACACUCCAAACUCAGGGAACUUGGGCUUCUUUUAUUUUCCAUCUGUUUAUAUCUUGGUUGUUUUGUGUUCAUUGUUUUCUCGUAUGUGCAGAUUUUCAGGGCUGUGCUGAGGAUCCCCUCUGGGCAGGGACGGCACAAAGCCUUUUCCACCUGCCUCCUUCACCUGGCCGUGGUCUCCCUGUUCCUCAGCACUGGCUUUGUUACCUACCUGAAGCCCCCUUCCAUCUCUUCCCCAUCCCUGGAUCUGUCCCUGUCAGUUCUGUACUCGGUGGUGCCCCCAGCCUUGAACCCCCUCAUCUAUAGCCUGAGGAACCAGGAGCUCAGGGAUGCCCUGAGGAAAAUGAUGGCUAUAUCUUUGCAUAAAUAG